AUGGAUCCAGAGCCGAGUAACCGAAGAUUCUCCGAGUGUUUCGGAGUGUUUGUUUGCUGUGGAUUUCACCUGCUUAUAUGCACUCCGAAUAGUUUCUCCAUGGAGGAAAACACGGAAAUUGGCGACUUGCAAGGAUUUAACGACGUUUACUACCAAGAGUCCAGGCUGAACGGGACUCUCGUGUACACGGGGAAGAAAAUGAAGCCAGAGCCGUACGCUAAAGAUGGGUACCCAGGGAAGAGCUCAACCUCCUACGAGUACAUUACGUAUGAUGAGCCCUUUUCUGCGCGUACGAUCAUCUUUAAGGUCCCAAUGAGCUACCUUAGAAGAACGAAAUAA